AAAAUUGGCUUAUAAAAGACAAAGUGGUGGACGCAUGCAUCUUUGAUGAGUUUCAAGGAAUCAGCUAAUCUGUCCACUGAUCUUCCCAAAAACCAAACAAGCCCUUAACUAUAUUCACCAAUUGGAACCCCCAAAAACCGAGGCUUUUAGCCCACAGACAGACAGUUAUCCAAAAAGCCUUUCAAACAGCUAGCAGAAGAACUCCUCAAAUUAAUGGAGAAAACCCAUGAAAUUGAUGAAUCCCCACAACUGAAAUUAGCCUCCUCCUCUUCUUUCCGACCAAGAAACCCUCCUCUCAACAAGUAUGCUCUGGCUUGCGCUCUGUUGGCUUCCACUAAUUCCAUUCUGUUGGGUUAUGAUAUUGGGGUGAUGAGUGGAGCAGUAAUGUCUAUCAAGGACAAUCUCAACAUCUCAUCUACCCAAGUGGAAAUCUUGGUGGGCUCUUUAAACGUGUGUUCACUGAUUGGAUCUUUGGCUGCCGGCGCGACCUCCGACCGGAUUGGCCGGCGAUACACCAUAGUCCUGGCAGCGGCCACGUUUUUACUCGGAGCACUCCUCAUGGGUCUGGCUCCGUCGUACCCAUUCCUCAUGGCCGGAAGGGUGGUCGCCGGAAUCGGCGUCGGGUACUCCCUCAUUAUCGCUCCGGUGUACACCGCGGAGAUCUCUCCAGCCAUGACGCGUGGCUUCCUCACAUCUCUCCCUGAAGUCUUCAUCAACAUUGGAAUUCUUCUCGGGUAUGUCUUCAACUACGCACUCUCCGGUCUACCACAAAACAUUAAUUGGAGGCUAAUGCUGGGCCUGGCGGCGAUUCCAGCGAUUGUCAUUGCAGUUGGUGUCAUAGCAAUGCCAGAGUCUCCGCGAUGGCUUGUCAUGAAAGGCCGAUUAGGCGAAGCCAGACAGGUCCUCAUAAAAACAUCGGACAACGAAGAAGAAGCGGAAAUCAGACUCGAAGAAAUUGCGAAAUCUGCUUCAGAAAUGACUGGAGAAAACACUUCUUGGAAUGGGCAAGGGGUUUGGAAGGAGUUACUGAUCCGGCCCACCAGGCCCACAAGGCGGAUCCUGAUCGCCGCGGUCGGAAUCAACUUCUUCAUGCAAGCGUCCGGCAAUGACGCGGUGGUUUACUACACGCCAGAGGUGUUCAGGGCCGCCGGAAUCCGCCGGCGCAAGGAACUCGUCGGGGUUACAAUCAUCAUGGGGGUGGUCAAAACUUCCUUUGUAUUAGUCUCGGCUCUGUUUUUGGACCAAUUUGGAAGGCGGCCACUAUUGUUAUUGGGCACAGCUGGGAUGGCCCUCUCCUUAACUGGGCUGGGCCUCGGGUCGAAAUUUCUCGAGCAUUCGGCCCACAAGCCUCCGUGGGCCAUCGCAUUGUGUGUGGUGGCGGUGUGCGCCGAUGUCUCAUUCUUUUCGAUUGGGCUCGGGCCCAUCACGUGGGUGUACUCGUCCGAGAUUUUUCCGAUGCGGUUGCGCGCCCAGGGCUCGAGCCUGGCGGUGUCGGUGAACCGGCUGGUGAGCGGGGUGGUGGCAAUGACUUUUCUUACUAUUUCCAGGGAAAUUUCGUUUGGGGGGGUGUUUUUUGUGCUCGGGGGAAUUAUGGUGGUGGCUACAAUUUUCUUCUACUUCUUAUUGCCAGAAACAAAAGGGAAGAAUUUGGAGGAAAUUGGGUCACUCUUUGAGGAUAAAUUUACUAGCAGGGGAAGAGAAAUGAGUGCAACAUAAGAAGUGUACCUUGAACAUGUUUUUCCGUUACUAAAUAAAAUUGAAAGAUGCAAUAUAAUCGAAAA